UUAAACAACAUCUAUUUCUUGCUCAGCUUGUGAAAAUGGAGCGCUUGUCUGCAGCAAACACACGAUUCUCUCUAAACCUGUUCAAGAAGAUCAACGUAGAAAACUCCUCAAAAAAUGUGUUCUACUCUCCGAUCAGCAUCUCCUCGGCUCUGGCCAUGGUGACGCUCGGGGCAAAAGGAAACACAGCGGCGCAGAUGUUUCAGGUCCUCAGCUUUACCAAUCCUCCCACACACUUCGGGACUCCCGUACCUAAUGUUUCAAUAGACCAAAUUCAUUCCAGUUUCAACAAGCUCAUGAGUGAACUUAACAAACCAGGAGCCCCGUAUGUGUUGAGUAUCGCCAACCGUCUCUACGGAGAGCAAUCCUACCAGUUUGUGGAGAAAUUCCUGAAUGAUGCAAAAAGAUAUUAUCAAGCCGGACUGGAGGAGGUGGACUUCAAGAAGAAAUCAGAGGCUGCACGUGUCAACAUCAACAAAUGGGUGGAGAGAAAAACACAAGAGAAGAUCAAGGACUUGUUGCCACCACAAAGUGUCAGUGAAUCAACAAGACUGGUCUUGGUGAACGUCAUCUACUUCAAGGGGAACUGGGAGAAGAAUUUCCCAAAGGAAGUCACCAGAGAUGGACAGUUCAAGCUGAACAAGACUCAAACUAAACCAGUGAAGAUGAUGAAUCAGAAGUCAAAGUUUCCUCUGGCCUUCAUCCCAGAGAUGAACAGUCAGGUUCUGGAGCUGCCAUAUGUUGGGAAGAAUCUCAGUAUGUUGAUCAUCCUUCCUAACGAGAUUCAAGAUGAAACCACUGGCCUUCAGAAGCUUGAAAUGGCGCUGACCUACGAGAAGCUGAUGGAGUGGACGAGACCUGAAAUCAUCCAUCAACAAAAAGUUGAAGUGUCUCUGCCCAGAUUCAAGAUGGAGGAAACCUACAACAUGAAGAGUCUUCUGAUCAGCAUGGGAAUGGAGGAUGUGUUUGAUGAGCAGAAGGUGAAUCUUUUAGGCAUGUCACCCAACAAUGAUCUGGUGCUGACGAAGGUGAUUCAUAAAGCCUUUGUUGAAGUAAACGAGGAAGGAACCGAAGCGGCUGGAGCCACCGGCAUCUCCCUCGAUGGUAUAACAUCUGUAAUGCCAGUAGACCUAAAAACCUUUAUUGCAGACCAUCCAUUCCUUUUCUUCAUCCGUCAUAAUCCCUCCAACAACAUUCUAUUUUUUGGACACUUCUGCUCGCCUUAAAGGUGGUAAUGGUGGAGUGAUAACUGCACA